AUGGACGCUACCACCGCCUCCAUAGUAGAGAAGUAUCAGGAGUCUCAGCUCAAAAAUGUGAAUGGACUCUCUGACAGCGAUGAUGACAACUUGCUGGAGAUUCUCGAGGGCUUGGACGAUGAGGACGAUGUGAUGCACCAGUUACGAGAGCAGAGGCUCGAGCAACUCAAAAAGGAGUUCCGGAGCAUCGACAGAGCCACCGACACGUUGGGCAGUGAUGCUGGAAAGGUCCAAUUCUUCUCAGACGAGAAAGAGCUCAUGAAUCUUGUCACACGUACAGAAAUGGCUGUGGUGCACUUCUUCCAGCCUUCUUUCCCCAAAUGUAAAGCCAUGAACGAUGCUUUGAACCAGGUGGCCGAGAAACACUUGUCGUUGAGCGUUCUAGCUAUCCAGGCCGACAAGGCGCCAUUUCUUGUGGCCAAAUUGAAGGUUAAGGUGCUUCCUUUUGUGGUGGUUUACACCAAAGGACGAGAGUUAACUAGAUUGGUGGGAUUCGACGGCAUUGCCACUGGAAAUGACGUGAAUGUGGAACUUUUGGAGCGCAAAUUGCUUGAAUGUGGCGCCAUUAACCGUCGUACAACAAACUAUAAGACCAUUCGAGGCAAGAAACCCAUAGAGGAGUCAGAUGAUGACUGGGAGUAG